AAAGACUCGAGUCAACAGUUGUUAUUGUUGUUGUUGUUGUAACAACGGUUGAUCAUCAGAACUUCAGUGAUUGUUUUCAAUUAAGUUUGAUUGCUCGAUUGAUUGAAUUAGUUUAAUUUUUGUUUGUUUGCUGAAUGGAAUCAAUUCAACUGGAUGCUGGAUAAUUACAACUUAAGGUGCUAAUUGUCACCAAAUCCUUAAUCAUCAUCAAACCAUUAUUAUUAUCAUCGGAUAAUAAUAAUAAUGGAACGACAAUUAAAAACUUCGUAAAGUUACCCCUUUGAUUAUUAUUGAAAUACUAAGUUUCUAGUUGAUUAAUUUUAAAUAAUGAUAUGAAAUAUUGAUCUCAACUCAAUUGAUAGUAAAUUAUUACAACCAAAUUGUGACAAUCAACGAUAAUCAACAGUUACAACUAUUUUUAUUAUUAUCAAAUCGAAUAAGAAAUUGUUAAAAAAAAUAACGAAUUAGAACUUGAUUUUCGACCUUUACUCCCGAUUCGUUUUCAUCUUGCUCAUCCUCAUCAUCUUUAUCAUAAUUAACUUAAUCAUCUUUGACAAGUUUAAUUGUUGUUAAUUGAUUCACCAUCCAACUCAAUCAUUGUAUCAUUGUCACCAGUUUUCAAAGCAUAGUCCUAAUUAGGCGUUUGAUUUUAAUUGUGUUAUCAUUUGUUUGAUUUGUGUUUCUCAUCUUAAUUGUUGAUCAUAAUCAACUUUGAUUGUCCAUUUUUCCAUCAUAGUCCAGUGAUUGUUUUGACGAAAAUAAUUUAACAAUGGCUUCGAGACAAAUUGAUGGACUAGCACCAACAUUUGCUAAGAAACCAGCGAUCAAACAGGAAGACGAUGGUCGUCGAUUAAUAUUUGAAUGUAAAAUCACAGCUGAUCCACAACCAGCAGUUUCCUGGUAUCAUAACGGUACAGCGAUCGAAGCCUCAUCUCGAUACAAGUUAACUGUUAAAAAGGAUGCAGAUAAAUCCAAUAGUUACUUGGCUCAUAUGGAAAUUACUGAGGUUCGUGUUGAAGACGCUGGAAAAUACAAAGUAAUUGCUAAGAAUGAGCUUGGCGAAAGCAACGCAAGCAUAAGUCUCAAUUUUGACAGUGAUGAUUCUUCAGUACCGACUGAUAAUGCUAAACCGACAUUCACCGAAAAACCUGUGAUAAAACAAUCAGAUGAUGGAAGUAAAAUUAUCUUCGAGUGUCGCUUGGUCGCCGAACCAGCGCCGACAAUUGAAUGGUUUCAUAAAGGUAAACUCGUCAAGGAGGAUCUUCGUCAUAAAUAUAAAUUAGUCUCUGAUAAGCACCAUCAUGUUGCAUCACUUGAAUUAAGUCGAGUUGGUGGUGAAGAUGGUGGAGAGUAUCGAUUGGUGGCAAAAAAUUCAAAAGGCGAAGGUUUCGCUCACAUAAAUCUAAACUUCGAAGGUGGAAGACCCAAAUUACCCGAGGGUAAAGCUCCACGUUUCCCGAAAAAACCAACAAUCCGUCAAGUUGGUGGUGACCUUGUAUUGGAAUGUAUCGUUGAAGCUAAUCCAAAGCCCGAUAUCUCUUGGUACCAUGGGACGAAGGUCAUUAAAGAGGGUACUCGACAUAAAGCGGUCAUCAAAGAGAUCGAUAAAGAUACUUUCGCUCUCUCAUUGGAGAUUAGUGAUCCCUCUAAUGAUGAUGGGGGAACUUAUCGUUGUAAUGCCGUUAACGAAUUAGGUGAAUCUAAUGCCAAUAUAGCUCUUAACUUCCAGGGAGGUGGAGAAGAGGAAGACCUUUCACCCACCUUUGUGACCAGGCCAAAGAUCAUUCCAAAAGACAAUGGAGCCCUGAUAGUAAUGGAGUGUAGAGUUAAAUCAACGACAAAAAUUACGACGAUUUGGUACAAAGGAUCAACUCUAGUAAAAGAAUCGACAAGAUUCAAGAGUAGUGUGAUUUCUGAAGGUUCCGAUGAAUAUACUGUUCGUCUUGAAAUCAAGGAUCCAGUUAAAGAUGACGGCGGUGUCUACAAGUGCAACAUUAAAAAUAGUCACGGUGAUAUUAAUGCUAAUCUUAAUCUCAACAUCGAAGGUGGUGAUAUUGAAAAGGCGGGCGAGCCUCCGACCUUUGUUGAAAAGCCGAAAAUCAUUCCCGAAAAUAAUGGAAAGUUAAUAAUAAUGGAAUGUAAAGUUCGGUCGAAACCCAAACCAGACAUUGUUUGGUACAACGAUGGAACUAUUGUCCGAGAAACAACUCGAAUUAAGUUAAUUGUUAAAGAAGAGACAACUGAUGUUUAUCUUAUACGAUUAGAAUUACGAGAUCCCGAACUGACCGAUGCAGGUCAAUAUAAGUGUAAUGUCCGUAAUCCUGCCGGUGAAAGUAAUGCCAAUCUGAAGCUCAAUAUUGAAUUGGCUCCGGUAAUUAAAGAGAAACCCAAAGUAAUUAAACAAACCAAAGAGAGAAAGGUUGUCAUUGAGGUUAGAAUCGCUUCGGGUGCCGCACCGAAGGUUCAAUGGAUGAAAGAAUCAACGGUUAUUCGUGAAGAUUCACGGCACGUUGUUCGAAUCCAGGAAGUAUCUAAAGGAGAAUACGCUGUGGCCUUAGAGAUCGACAAGGCCGAAAAGUUAGACAAAGGAACUUACAAAGUAGUCGCAAAGAACGAGAAGGGAGAAUGUACUUCGCAAGCGGUUACAGUCGAUGUCGAAGAUAUGGUUGAAGCUAAAGAUCAAGAACCAGCUAAGAAACCGAAACUCGAUGAGAACAAGGAAAACAAACCUCAGGCCAAACCUGGAGUAAAAGUCGCAAAGCCAAUGUUUAUCUCGCAAAUCAAAUCACGAACUAUCAAUGAAGGAGCUGAGAUUGAAUUUGCGUGUAAAUUCACAUCAAAGGAAAAAGUAACAAUCAACUGGUUCUAUAAUAAGAAAAAAAUUUCAUCUUCUUCCAAAUAUUCAAUUGUUUCAACUGAAUCUUCAUCUGUCCUGAAAUUAACGAGCGCUUUAUUUGAGGACAGUGGUGAAUAUAUUGUCAAAGUGGCUAAUUCAGGGGGAGAAAUUGAAUCAGCGGCUGAAUUAACGGUCAAGAUGACCGUCGCUAAACGUGAACCGGUGAAGAAAGAAAAAGCCAAACCUGAAGAGGCUCAACCGGAAAAGAAGGCAAAACUUGAACCAGAAAAACCUAAAGAAGAAGAGAAACCGGUCAAAAAGCCGAUCGAAAAGCAAAGUUCGAUACCAGAUAUUCAGGUGGAAAAGGAGAAAUCACCAUUGCCACCACGAGAAGAUUCAUUCGAUUCUCAGGGUGGACCACCUCUGAAAAAGAAAGCGUCUAUUCCGAUGGUGAAAGAACCCACACCGGAACCAGAGCCGAAACCUGGUGGAAGACGAGGUUCAUUUAUCGACCCUUCAGGUAAUCAAGUUCGACGAGGUUCUUUCAUCGAUGUUGGUGAUGUACAAAGUUUACGAGCCUCUCCUGGUCGACGGACAAGUGAUUCACGUCGUCCAUCAACCGCUGAAUUUGAUCCAACCGAUAAACCUGGAAUAGCAUUACAACCUAAAGGAAAAGAACCAAAGAUCACAAAUUACGGGGAAAAUCAGCAAGGUACCGAAGGUAAAACGGCCUUUAUUCAAUUCGACGUUGAAGGUGAUCCCGUCCCUCAGUUUCGAUUGUACAAAGAUGGACAAGAAAUUUACGAGGGCGGACGAUAUUCAAUAGUUACCGAUGGUUCUACCAACACGGUUUACUUUUGUAUCAAAAAGUCAAAAUCAGCCGAUGAAGGAAGAUACACCAUAGUGGCCUACAAUGUACAUGGCGAGGCGAAAGCAGAGAUCGGUUUGUUUAUCGGCGGUGAGGAAGGUAUGGAUUUCCGUGCCAUGUUAAAACGAGGUAAAAGACAACAGUGGAAAAAGCAAUCAGAUGAUCCUGAUUGGGGAAAUUUAAAAGCUGUUGAAGAUGAAAGAAGAGCAUCACUUAAGGAAAUUAAGAAACCUGAGAUUUUUACCAAACCCUUACAGAAUCAAAAGUGUAAGGAAGGAAGAGAUAAAAAAAUUCGAUUCGAAUGUGUCUUCAGUAAGGUUGGAAUUAAAGCUAAAUGGUUCAAGAAUAAGCAAGAGCUUUUCAUGGGACGGAAAAACCACAUGGUCUCACAGGGCGAUCUUCAUGUAUUGGAGAUAAUUAACCCGUUAGUUGAAGACGAAGGCAAAUAUAUUUGUAAAUGUUUAGAUGCGACCACCGAGGCUUAUCUGGAUGUCGAACCACCGGAUCCCGUUUACAAAUUUGUCAAGAAAUUACCACCACAGAGUAAAGGUUACACCGAUCGUGAAUGUGUCCUAGAAUGUGCCUGUAACUCACCUAAGGCACCAGUUAAAUGGUAUAAAGGUGAAAAGAAAUUGGAAAAUUCUGACAAAUACAUUAUCGAGCAAGAUGGUUUGGGGAAGAAGUUUCUCAAAAUUCAAAACUGCACCAUGGACGAUGCGUCUGAAUAUACCUGUCGAAUAAGUUCUGAAGAGUUCACCUCGACCAAAUUGACCAUCGCAGAACAAGCCUUCAAAUUCAUGAGGGUUCUAAGAUCAAUGAGGGUCAACGAAGGUGAAACCAUUACUCUUGAGUGUGAGGUUGAUGAUUGGGAAGCUCCAGUUACCUGGUAUUUUCAAGGGGAAGAGAUUAAGAAGGAUAAACAUUAUGAUAUUAUUGCAGAAGGUAGGAAACGGAAAUUGAUCAUCAAGAAGUGUAAAGUUACCGAUGAAGGAAAAUAUUUAGCAAAGACCAAAGGAGAUGAAACGGAAUCUGAGGUUCUCGUUGAACCUGCAAAUCGAUUCAAAAAGAAACUCGAAGAUGUUCACACCCUUGAGAAGAAACAAAUUGUCUUCGAAGUUGAAAUGACCGAUACUCGAGCGCCAUUGAAAUGGUACAAAGAUGGUCAAGAGGUAGCACCCAAUGAAAGAAUUCACAUCAAGUACCAUGAUGAUAAAUAUACGCUCACCAUUGAUGCGGCCAAACUUGAAGAUGCCGGUGAAUACAUGGCAGCAACGCCAAAUAUUAAAACCAAAUGUCGACUUACAGUUGAUGAGGCUGAACGACCUCCGAUAAUUAAACUUGAACAGACUGACUUUCAAUCUGACGUUGGAAAACCGCUUAUAAUUGAUGUUCCCUAUUCAGUUCCGGGAACAAGGACUUCAGAUAUUGUCGCUAAAUUGACUCGCAAUGGUAAAACAGUUUCUUCUAAGGAUGUUGAGGUUGUUGUUCGUCCCGACAAAGUGAUUUUGACCUUCCGAAAAACAACUCGUGAUAAUUCAGAUGAUUAUCAAUUCUCUUUAGCAAAUGCUGAAGGUGAAACUAAAAAGGCUUUGAAAAUUAACUUUAUCGGUGUCCCCGCACCACCUGAAGGUCCACUUGAAAUAUUGGACCUUUUCCGUGAUCGUUGUAAACUGGCCUGGAAGCCGACCAAAGAUACUGGUGGAUUACCUUUGAAACAUUAUGUCGUUGAAAGGCAAGCAGUCAGUUCUCGAGGAGGUUGGGUUGAAAUUGGUACAACCGAAGAUUGUAAAUUUGAAGUUAACGAUCUCGAAUACAAGAAAGAGUAUCGUUUCCGUGUUCGAGCGGUCAACAAAAAAGGUGCCUCGGAACCGCUUAAUUGUGCCAAAGAUAUAAUUGCCAAGGAUCCUUAUGAUGAACCAUCUAAACCAAAGUCUCCCGAAGUCACUGAUUGGGACAAAGAUCAUGUUGACCUUAAAUGGCAAGCACCAGAAAAAGAUGGUGGAAGUCCAAUCACAGAUUAUAUCAUUGAAUUCAAAGACAAAUUUUCCCCCGAAUGGGCGGUUGGACCUAAAGUACCCGGGAAUAAGACCACAUGUAAAGUAACGGGUCUUAAGGAAAACAUGCAAUACCAGUUCCGUGUGAUUGCCGUUAACAAAGCGGGUCCUAGUGAACCUUCAGACCCAACAAAGCCUCACAUUGUUAAAGCUCGGUUCGUGAAGCCUUACCUUGUCGGCGAUGGACUUAAAAAUUUGGUCGUUAAAAAAGGAGCCGUCAUCAAGUACGAUAUACAAUUCUUUGGUGAACCCGCUCCAGAGAUCAUUUGGUCACUGAACGGAGAGGAAUUAUUCCCCGGUAGUAAAAUUGUGAUCGAUAAAAAUGAGAAGAAUUCAGUUUUCCAGAACAAAAGUGCUGUUCGUGGGGACAGUGGUAAAUAUCGUAUCACUUUGACCAAUUCAACGGGAACUUGUUAUUCUGAGGCCGAUGUUGUUGUUUUGGAUAAACCAAGUGCACCAGAAGGUCCACUUAUCCUGGAAGAGAUUCGAGCUGAUCAUGUAACGGUCAAAUGGCGAAAGCCUAAGGAUACUGGUGGAACUGACCUUAAGGGUUAUGUUAUUGAAAAAAUGGACUUGGACACUGGUAAAUGGGUCCAGGCCGGUGAGGUUGGUCCUAAUGACGAUCAUUUCAAGGUUGAAGGAUUAACCAAAAAUAAGAAAUACAAAUUUCGAGUUCGAGCUGUAAACAAAGAAGGCUUAUCUGAUCCUCUUGAGACAACGGACCCUGUAGUGGCCAAAAAUCCAUAUGACGAACCCUCUAAACCUGGUAAACCAGAAAUCGUCGACUAUGACAACACAAAAUGUGACCUUAAAUGGGCUGUACCUGAAAAAGAUGGUGGCAGGCCAAUUACUCAUUACAUCAUUGAAAUGAAAGAUAAAUUCAGUUCCGAUUGGACUGAAGUUUUGGUCACCCCUGACGCCAAAAACGAAGCCUCUGUUACUGGGCUUAAAGAAGGUAACACAGUUCAAUUUAGAGUUCGAGCUGUGAACAAGGCCGGACCAAGUGAACCAAGUGACGCAACUGACCCUCAUAUCGUUAAACAUCGCAACUUAAAGCCGAAAAUUGAUCGAACCAAUCUGAAAAAUAUAACCAUCAAGGCCGGAAGGUCAGUUAAAUUUUUGGUCGAUAUCACUGGAGAACCUCCGCCAACCGUUGUUUGGACUUAUGGUGAGGCCAAGAAAAAGCUAACCGACGAUGAUCACAUUAAGAUAGUCAAUAAAGAUUAUCAGACCGAUUUUAACCUUCAUAAGGCCAAAAGAUCACACACUGGAUUGUACACAAUUACAGCAUCAAAUGCUUCUGGUAGCGAUACAGUUACCGUUGAGAUUAAAGUCCUUUCGAAACCAGGUAAACCUGAAGGUCCACUAGAAGUGACCGAUGUCCAUAAAGAAGGAUGUAAAUUGGCAUGGAAAAAACCUAAAGACGACGGCGGGUCAACAAUCAAAGGUUAUGAAGUCGAAAAGUUCGACAAAGAUUCUGGCCGUUGGACUCGUUGUGGUAAAACCGAUAAACCAGAAUUCGAGGUAACUGGUCUGAUUCCAGGUAAAGAAUAUUUAUUCCGUGUUGUUGCUCAAAAUGACGAAGGAGAUUCCGAACCAUUAGAAGCCUCAUCUCCGAUCAUUGCUAAAAAUCCUUACGACGAACCUGACAAACCAGGUACACCUGAGAUUGUUGAUUAUGACAACAAAUCUGUUGACCUUAAAUGGGCACCUCCAAAGAGCGAUGGUGGUGCUAAGAUUAGUCGUUAUAUCAUCGAAAAGAAAGAAAGAUUCCAGUUGAUCUGGGAACGAGCUUGUGAAGUUCCCGGUGAUGUUAAUGAGGCCAAAGUUGAAGACCUUCACGAAAGAUCAGAGUAUCAAUUCCGUGUGAUUGCCGUGAACAAAGCGGGUCCAAGUGAACCCUCCGAUCCAACUGGUAAUCAUCUUGUUAAACACCGAAAGUUAAAACCAAGAAUUGAUCGAACCAAUUUGGAAACGAUUACGAUCAAAAAAGGUAAAUCGGUCAAAUUAGAUGUCAACAUUUCUGGUGAACCACCGCCAAAGGUUCAGUGGUUCCUCAAGGACAAUGAGGUCAAAAACGAUGAACAUUAUGAUAUCAUUAAUGUUGAUUAUAAUACGAAAUUUAAUAUUACCGAUGGAUUGAGAAAACACUCCGGUAAAUAUAAAAUCGUCGCUACUAAUGAACAUGGUAAGGACGAGGCUGAGAUUGAAAUUGUUGUUCUAGCGGCACCGAGUAGACCCAAAGGUCCAUUAAAGGUCAACGAUGUCACCGCUAAAGGUUGUAAAUUGGCCUGGCAACCACCGGAUGAUGAUGGAGGUAAACCAAUCCAAUCAUAUGUUAUUGAAAAACUGGACUUGGCCUCUGGUAAUUGGGUUCCAAUUGGACGUACCGAUGAUACUUCAUUCGAGGUCACUGGACUCACACCCGGUAAACGAUAUCAGUUCAGAAUUAAGGCUAAGAACGCUGAAGGUGAAUCUGAGCCGUUGGUUAGUGAUGAACCAACGAUUGCUAAAAAUCCCUACGAUGAACCUGACGCACCAACUGAUGUAAAAGUCGACGAUUGGGAUAAUCAAAGUGCUCAACUUGUUUGGAAACGACCUGCGAAUGAUGGAGGUGCUCCAAUCACUGGUUACAUUGUCGAAAAGAAGGAAAAAUUUGGUUCUUCUUGGGAACCUUGUGCCGAAGUUUCGGGAGAUAGUUGUAAGGCUAAAGUGGAAAAUCUUAAAGAAAAGGCUGAAUAUCAAUUCCGUGUUAAAGCCGUUAACAAAGCGGGUCCCAGCGAACCGAGUGAACCAACAAAACCUCAUCUGGUCAAACAUCGGCAUCUUGCACCUCGAAUUAAUCGUGAUAAUUUACAACAGAUUACCGUUAAAGCGGGUAAUAUGGCUCGACUUGAUGUAGAGGUUUCUGGUGAGCCACCGCCAACCAUCAGCUGGUCAUUCGCUGGCAAACCAUUGGAAGAAACUGGCGACAUUAAGAUUGAAAAUAAAGACUACGAAACUCACAUUCAAAUGCGAAAUAUGACUCGAGCUCAAAGUGGAAAAUACAAAAUCAACGCUGAAAAUGCUUCAGGCAAAGAUGAAGCCGAAGUCGAAGUUAUUGUACUCGACAGGCCAGGAAAGCCCGAAGGUCCUCUUGAAGUGUCUGAUGUUCAUGCCGAAGGUUGUAAGCUCUCAUGGAAUCCACCUAAGGAUGAUGGUGGUGUUCCAAUUGAGAACUAUCAAAUCGAGAAACAAGAUGCGGCCACUGGUCGUUGGGUCCCUGUCGGCAAAGUACCAGGGGAUAAAACUGAAUUUGCUCUCGCUGGUUUGGAACCAAAUAAAAGAUACAAUUUCCGAGUCAAGGCUUGUAACAACGAAGGAGCUUCUGAUCCUCUGGAAACUGAUCGCUCAACUGUUGCCAAAAAUCCGUUCGAUCCUCCAGGACCACCAGGAUUACCUAAAGUCGACGAUUACGAUGAGAAAUUCGUGCUCUUAAAAUGGGAGCCACCGGUACGCGAUGGAGGAGCUCCAGUGACUGGUUAUUUAAUUGAAAAGAAAAGUAAAUACUCACCCGAUUGGGUUACAUGUGCCGAAGUCUCUGGACCUCAAUGUCAAGGUCGAGUUAACGAUUUAACCCCUGGUGACAAGUACGAAUUCCGAGUUAAAGCGAUAAACAAAGCUGGACCUGGUGCACCUUCCGACUCAACUGGACCUUUCUUAAUGAAACCUCGAUUCUUAAAACCUAAAAUCGAUCGAGCAAAUUUGAAAAGUAUUACCGUUAAAGUCGGUCAAAUGGUUCAAUUCGAUGUCAACGUUAUUGGCGAACCAGCACCGAAAACCAUUUGGAAACAUGAAGAUAAAGAACUUGAAAAUGGUCAAAUUUAUCAAAUCGAUAACAUCGAUUAUAAUACAAAGUUUUGUUUACUUCGAGCCACUCGAAAAGAAACUGGAACUUAUAAAUUGACCGCAACCAACGAGGUUGGUUCAGACGAAGCCGAAGUUGUCAUUACGGUUUUGGGUAAACCUUCAAAACCGAAAGGACCACUCACAGUGUCUGACGUUCACGCAGAAGGAUGCAAACUUGCAUGGAAACCACCGGAAGACGAUGGUGGAUGUCCAAUCGAAUGCUAUGAGAUCGAAAAGCUCGAUGAAGAAACUGGUCGCUGGGUUCCAGCUGGUAAAUCAUCUGAGCCUCAUUUCGAAGUAACGAAUUUAACGCCAGGACGAAAAUACAAGUUUAGAGUUCGAGCUGUAAACAAAGAGGGAGAUUCAGAUGAACUUGAGACUGAUACAAGUAUUGAAGCUAAAAAUCCAUUCGACGAACCUAAUAAACCAGGUCGUCCUGAACCAACUGACUGGGAUGUCGAUCAUGUUGACCUUACCUGGACUCCUCCAGCUUCGGAUGGAGGUAGUCCAAUCACUGGAUACAUCAUUGAAAAGAGAAAAAAAGGAGGACGAAAAUGGGAAAAAGGUCGCGAGAUUCAUGGUAAUGUAACUAAUGGAACUGUUCCCGAUCUUGAAGAGGGAACUGAGUACGAGUUCCGUGUUCUAGCGGUGAACAAAGCUGGUCCUGGUGAGCCAAGUGAUCCAUCAAGACCGAUCACUGCUAAGCCCCGUCGACUUGCUCCUCGAAUUGAUCGAACCAAUUUGAAACCAACUACAAUUAAAGCCGGACAACCAGUUAAAUUUGACGUUGAUGUUAAAGGUGAACCCGCACCAACGAUCACUUGGACUUUCAAAAAUGAGCCUCUUCAGUCAGGAGAAAAUGUUUCGCUCGAAAAUGAGCCCUAUCAUACUUUACUAAUGCUGACCAAGACUAAACGUGCUCAAAAUGGUGUUUACACUAUCACAGCUAAAAACGAACACGGUGUCGAUGAAGCGACAGUUGAAGUGACUGUUCUCGCUAAACCAAGUAAACCAAAAGGUCCACUCGAAGUAUCCGAUGUCCACGCUGAAGGUUGUAAACUUUCAUGGAAAAAGCCUGAAGACGAUGGAGGCGAACCAGUAACUGGAUAUGUUGUCGAAAAACUCGACCUAGAAUCUGGCCGUUGGGUCCCCGUUACAACGACUCGUGAUCCUGAGGCAGAAAUUACUGGCCUCAUUCCAGGCAAAGAAUACAAAUUCAGAGUAAAAGCUUUGAAUGCCGAAGGUGAAUCUGAACCUUUAGAAACAGAAAAACCGACAUUAGCCAAGAAUCCGUUCGACCAACCGGAUAAACCAGGUAAACCCAAAGCCACGAAUUGGGACAAGAACUUUGUUGACCUCGUCUGGGACGCACCAGUGUCCGAUGGAGGAAGUCCCAUCACGGGCUAUAUAAUCGAGAAACAAGAUAAGUACAGUAAUAAAUGGGUCAAAGCGGGCGAGGUUCCUGGAAAUGAAACGGAAGCUCAUGUAACUGACCUGAUCGAGGGAAUGGUUUACAAAUUCCGAAUUAAAGCUGUGAACAAAGCUGGACCCAGUCAACCAAGUGAGGCGAGCGAUUCCGUCACUGCUAAGCCAAGAAAUUUAGCUCCUCGAAUCGAUCGAACUAAUUUACGUGACCUUAUCAUCCAUGCUGGACAAAGUAUCAAGUUUGAUGUUAAAGUUGCGGGUGAACCAACACCAAAGGUCACUUGGAGCCAAAAUGAUAAACCCUUAGCAGCAGAUACUCAUGUUUUAAUUGAUAACGAACCCAAUCGAAGCAAAUUCCUGGUCACUUCUGCUGAUAGGAAAGACACUGGUGUUUACAAAAUCAAAGCCGAAAACAUCAACGGUGUUGAUGAAGUCGAUGUCAAUGUAACCGUACUGGAUAAACCAUCAGCACCCGAAGGUCCAUUGGAAGUUUCUAAUGUCCACGCUGAAGGUUGUAAAUUGAAAUGGAAGAAGCCGAAAGACGAUGGCGGAGUUCCAAUUGAACAUUACGCCAUUGAAAAGAUGGACACUGCAACUGGACGUUGGGUCCCAUGUGGUCGAGCGUUUGAACCACAAUUUGAGGUCGCUAAUCUUGAGCCAGGAAAAGAAUACAAAUUCAGAGUCGCAGCUGUUAACGCCGAAGGUGAAUCGGUUCCUUUAGAAGCUGAACAAGCGAUUAUCGCUAAGAAUCCCUUUGAUCCUCCAAGUACUCCUGGUCGACCUGAAGUUACAGGAGUCGAUCGUCACCAUGUUGACCUUAAGUGGGACGCUCCAACUAAGGAUGGUGGGGCUCCGAUCACGGGUUAUAUUGUUGAGAAGAAAUCAGCUGAUGGAACUAAAUGGGUUAAAGCGAUUCAAACUGACGGGCCAGCAACCGAGGUUCGCGUACCUGAUCUAGAAAAUGGAGAAACAUAUCAAUUCCGUGUGAAAGCGAUCAAUGCUGGUGGACAAAGUGAACCGAGUGAACCAACCAAACCGGUCACUUGUAAACCAAGUAAAUUACCUCCUCGAAUCGAUAGACGUAACUUGCGUCCAGUUGAUAUUAAAGUCGGUGAAACAUUUGGAUUUGACGUUGACGUUCAAGGUGAACCAGCACCAGAGAUCCGUUGGUAUAUUAAAGAAUCACCAGUAGGAGAAACAAGUGCGCUUACGAUAACAAACAAACCAUAUCAUACGAAAUUACAAUGUGACAAAGCCGAACGCAAAGACUCAGCCGUUUAUCGUAUUGUAGCUAAAAAUCAAUACGGUAUGGACGAAGCCGAUGUUGAAGUGACUGUUGUUAGUAAACCAAGUAAACCAGAGGGACCAUUGGAAGUUAGUGAUGUUAAUAAGAAUGGAUGUAAAUUAAAAUGGAAUAAGCCAAAGGACGACGGAGGAAUUCCUCUUGAUGGUUAUGUGGUCGAAAAGCUCGACCCUGACACUGGCUCUUGGGUUCCAAUCGGUAAAACAUUUUUACCAGAAUUCGAUGUAACUGGAUUAACUCCGGGCAAAGAUUAUUCAUUCCGAGUGAAGGCUGUUAAUAAGGAAGGUGAAUCUGAACCAUUACAAACUCUUGCACCAAUCACUGCCAAGGAUCCAUUCUCACCUCCUGGUCAAUCGGGUACACCUCAAGUUACAGCAUUUUCACCAAAUUCAGCGGACAUUAAAUGGGAAGCACCAGAGAGAGAUGGUGGAGCACCGAUCACCAGUUAUAUCGUUGAAAAGAAAGAAAAAGGAGGUUUAUGGGAAAAAGCCCUCGAGAUUCCAAGUGACAUUACCAAAGCUCAUAUUCCUAAUUUGAAAGAGGGUAAAGAAUAUGAAUUCAGAGUAAUAGCUGUAAAUAAAUCUGGUCCUGGUGAACCAAGUCUUCCCUCUAGAUCAAUAACUGCCAAGAAUCCAUUCGAUGAACCAGGAGCUCCAGGACGACCAGAACCGACCGAUUGGGACGCCGAUCAUGUAGACUUGACCUGGAAAGCACCAGAAUCAGAUGGUGGAAGUCCAGUUACAGGUUAUAUCAUCGAGAAGAAGAAGAAAGGAACUCGAAAAUGGGAAAAAGGACGUGAAAUUAUCGGUAAUGUUACCAGUGGAACAUGUCCUGAUCUUGAAGAAGGAGCUGAAUACGAAUUCAGAGUUAUCGCUGUCAACAAAGCGGGUCCUGGUGAACCAAGUGAACCCUCUCGUUCAGUAAUUGCUAAGCCAAGAAAACUUGCUCCUCGAAUUGAUCGAACCAAUUUGAAACCAACUACAAUUAAAGCCGGACAACCAGUUAAAUUUGACGUUGAUGUUAAAGGUGAACCCGCACCAACGAUCACUUGGACUUUCAAAGAGUCUCCACUUAAAACUGUCGGCAAUGUGACCGUAGACACCGAACCAUAUCAUACUCUAUUGAUGCUCGUGAAAACAACUCGGGAGCAAUCAGGAAGCUAUGUGAUCACAGCUAAAAAUGAACACGGAAUGGACGAAGCUACUGUCGAGCUUAAUAUUAUCGGUAAGCCUUCACCUCCACAAGGUCCAUUAGAAACGUCUGAUGUGCACGCUGAAGGCUGUAAGCUUUCAUGGAAAAAGCCGCUCGACGAUGGAGGAUUACCUUUGUCCAAUUAUGUGGUUGAAAAAAUGGACACAGAUACUGGCCGAUGGGUACCCGUUUUGACCACUCGUGAUACCGAAGCUGAAGUUAAAGGUUUAACUCCAGGUAAAGAAUAUAAAUUCCGAGUUCGAGCUGUUAACCCAGAAGGUGAAUCUGAACCAUUAGAGACAGAAAAGCCGAUUGAGGCCAAGAAUCCAUUCGAUGAACCUGGAAAACCAGGUAAGCCUCAAGCAACUGAUUGGGAUCGGCACCAUGCCGACAUCACUUGGACCGCUCCAGAGUCCAAUGGUGGUAGUCCCAUCACCUCAUAUAUCGUUGAAAAGAAAGACAAUUUAAGUACCAAAUGGCAAAAGGCUUGCGAGAUUAUCGGAGACAAAUGUCAAGCUCGAGUUUCCAACUUGACUGAGGGAAUGGAAUAUCAAUUCCGUGUUCGAGCCGUUAAUAAAGCCGGUCCUAGUCAACCAAGUGAUCCAAGUGAUACCGUCACAGCUAAAGCGAGAAAUGUCCCACCUCGAGUAGACCCGAUAAAGGACAUUACGCUGCACGCAGGUAAACCACUUAAAAUAGAUGUCAAAGUAUUUGGUGAACCACCUCCAAAGGUCCAAUGGUUCUUAAACGAUGCACCACUUCCUACCGGUGGUCGAGCGACAAUUGAAAGUCCAGCAUAUCGAUCAAAACUCUCAGUACCAUUAGCUGAAAGAUGCGACGCUGGUGUUUACAAAAUCGUUGUUUCAAAUGCAAACGGCAAAGACGAAGCAACUGUGCGAGUGAACGUUCUGGACAAACCUUCGCCACCCGAAGGACCAUUGGACGUUUCCGAUAUCCAUGCAGAAGGCUGCAAACUUAAAUGGAAGGAACCAAAGGAUAAUGGUGGCUCUCCAGUUGAUUAUUAUCAAGUGUACAAGAUGGAAACUGGAUCAGGAAAAUGGAUCCCUUGUGGUAAAGCUUAUGGUCCAGAAUUGGAAGUAACCAACUUAGAACCAAAUCAAGAAUAUAAGUUCAAAGUAACUGCUGUAAAUGCUCAAGGUGAAUCUGAACCUUUGGAAGCCGCUCAAUCAAUUAUCGCUAAGAAUCCCUUCGAUACUCCGGAUGCUCCUGGAAUGCCACAAGUCGCUGAUUACGACAAAAACCAUGUAGACCUAAAAUGGACUGCACCAAUUAAAGAUGGUGGAUCGCCAAUUACUGGAUACAUUGUAGAAAAGAAAAGCCCAGACUCAAAUCGCUGGGUUAAAGCGGCUCAAACUGAUGGACCAACAACAGAGGUUCGAGUUGGUGACUUACAAAAUGGAGAAACUUAUCAAUUUAGAGUUCGAGCAGUAAAUGCUGGUGGCCAAGGUACACCAAGUGAACCAUGUAAACCAGUAACAUGUAAACCACGAAAAUUAGCACCACGAAUUGACCGUAAGAACUUGAAACCAGUUUCGAUUAAAGCAGGACAACAAUUUGGCUUUGAUGUCGCUGUACAAGGUGAACCCGCUCCAGAUGUUCAAUGGUUCAUCAAAGAAUCGCCAGUAAGAGAAACAAGCGCGCUCACGAUAACAAACAAACCAUAUCAUACGAAAUUACAAUGUGACAAAGCCGAACGCAAAGACUCAGCCGUUUAUCGUAUUGUAGCUAAAAAUCAAUACGGUAUGGACGAAGCCGAUGUUGAAGUGACUGUUGUUAGUAAACCAAGUAAACCAGAGGGACCAUUGGAAGUUAGUGAUGUUAAUAAGAAUGGAUGUAAAUUAAAAUGGAAUAAGCCAAAGGACGACGGAGGAAUUCCUCUUGAUGGUUAUGUGGUCGAAAAGCUCGACCCUGACACUGGCUCUUGGGUUCCAAUCGGUAAAACAUUUUUACCAGAAUUCGAUGUAACUGGAUUAACUCCGGGCAAAGAUUAUUCAUUCCGAGUGAAGGCUGUUAAUAAGGAAGGUGAAUCUGAACCAUUACAAACUCUUGCACCAAUCACUGCCAAGGAUCCAUUCUCACCUCCUGGUCAACCAGGUAAGCCCGAAGCAACUGAUUGGGCUGCUGAUCAUGUUGACCUCAAAUGGGAAAGUCCAGCUACUGAUGGAGGAGUUCCAAUAUCUCACUAUACAAUCCAAAAGAAAGAAAAAGGCUCAACCAAAUGGACAGAUGCUGUCGAGGUUCCUGGUUCCGUUUGUAAAGGAACUGUACCUUUCCUAAUGGAAGGUAAAGAAUAUCAAUUCCGGGUUAUUGCUCAUAACAAAGCGGGACCAGGAGAGCCAAGUUUACCCUCCAAUACAAUUCUUGCCAAAGCGAGAUAUCUUGCACCUCAAAUUGAUCGAAAGAAUCUUAAAGAUUUGAAGAUCAGUGCUGGACAAACGAUUCGUUUCAAUGCAGACGUAAUCGGUGAACCCGCUCCAACUGUAACUUGGACACUUAAUGAUCAAGGAAUUCGUGGAGAUGACCACUUUAAUUUGGAAAAUGUUGAUUACAACACUAAACUGACCAUUCGAAAUUCAAAGAGAUCCGAUUCAGGAAAAUAUGUCGUCACUGCUGUGAAUAGUUCGGGUAAAGAUCAGGUUACUAUUCAAGUGACCGUUAUCGAUGUACCUUCAUCACCAGAAGGUCCAAUUGAAGUGACUGAUAUCACUCGUGUUGGUGCAACGAUUGGAUGUCGGGUGCGAUGGCGUAAACCUAAAGACGAUGGUGGAGCAAAAAUAAUUGGUUAUAUUGUAGAGAAACGUUUGAAAGGAGCUAAAGAGUUUGAAGCUUGUAAUGAAGUUCCGGUUCCGGAUACCAACUUAAUGGUUUCUGGACUUAAAGAGGGUGAGGAAUAUGAAUUCCGAGUUGUUGCCGUUAACGAGAUGGGUGAAAGUCCACCUUCAGCUCCAUCCGCUCUCACCAAGAUGGAACCACAACCAGAUCGACCUCGAAUCGAUGCUUCCGGAGUCAAAGACAUUACCGUUAAAGCGGGACAAGAGUUCGUGAUCAAAGUGCCAUAUGUCGGUUUCCCUAAACCAACCGCUCAUUGGGUGAAUGAAGAUAAACCGAUCGAUGAGGACGAUAAACGGUUAAUGUCCAAGGUCGGCGAUGACUACGUGCUACUCGCUUGUUCAUCGGCUAAACGUGAUGACACUGGACGUUAUAUGGUAACAUUGAAAAAUCCAUGUGGUACUGAUUCGGUUUCGUUGAAUGUCAAAGUCCUCGAUCGACCUGGGCCACCACAAAAUGUGCGAGGUGAGGAUGUUGACGGUGAUAGUUUGACUCUUCUCUGGUCUCCACCUAAAGAUGAUGGUGGUGCCGAAAUUACCAAUUAUGUUGUCGAAAAACGUGAAGUUGGUUCAACCGCUUGGUCACGAAUUUCUAGUUUCGCUUCUGGUACCGAUAUACGAGUUCGUAACUUAACCAUUGGUAAAUCUUACGAUUUCCGAGUGAUGGCUGAGAAUCAGUAUGGUACAAGUGAUCCAGCACAAACCGCUGAGCCCAUUUUAGCGAAACUACCAUUUGAUCCACCUUCCGCUCCAGGAAUUCCUCGAAGUCUUGAGACAUCUCCCGACUCGAUUACAAUUGGUUGGUCCAAACCUCGAGACGAUGGUGGAUCACCAAUCAUUGGAUAUGUCAUCGAGAAACGUAAGGUCGGUGAAAAAGGCUGGACUCGAGUUAAUCCUAACCCAGUUCCUGAACUCAAUCAUCGUGUCGGUGGCCUUCAAGAAAAUGGUGAAUACGAAUUCCGAGUGGCCGCAGUAAACGCUGCUGGUCAAGGUGCAUUUAGCGAGGCUUCAGAUGGUAUUUUCGCUCGACAUGCCGCUUGUCCUCCGAAGAUCGAUUCUGGUUUCCAUCUUCGAGACUUGGUUGUCAUGGCUGGUGAACAGUUUAACAUUCGAGUUCCUUUCAAUGGUUAUCCAUUGCCAAAAGCUGAAUGGCUUAUCAAUGGUACAAUUGUGGUACCCGACGAUCGCGUCUAUUCAGAGGUCAAUGUAGCCUUUACCAUAUUGACAAAUAAAAAGGCCAAACGAACAGACUCUGGCGGAUACACACUACGAUUAUCCAAUCCAGAGGGAACUGAUUCUUGUACAUGUCGAGUUCAAGUCGUUGAUAAACCAGGUCCACCUCAAGGACCACUGGACGUGUUUGAUAUAACACCAGAGACUUGUAGCAUCUCGUGGCGACCUCCACUCGAUGAUGGUGGAAGUCCAAUAACUAAUUAUGUCGUCGAGAAACAAGAUAUGGUUACCAAAAUUUGGACCAAGUUGAGUUCAUUCUGUCGCACGUGUCAUUAUAAUGUGAUGGGACUCGAGAUGAACAAAAAGUACAACUUCCGUGUGAGUGCUGAAAAUCAAUACGGUAUUUCAAUACCAUUAGAAACCGAUGGACCCAUAACCGCUAAAUUCCCAUUCGAUGUACCCGAUCCACCGGGUAAACCAAACAUAACCGAUAUUGGACCAAAUGACGUGACCCUAUCGUAUGAACGUCCUCUCCACGAUGGCGGCUCUAAGAUUCAGGGUUACCAAGUUGAAUAUCGUGACCCAACCGAUGGACGCUGGUUGGCCUCAAAUCCAUUCUUGAUUAGAGAAACAACUUGGAUCGCUUCUGGACUUAUUGAAGGUCGUGACUAUGAGUUCCGAGUCAAGGCCAAAAAUGCCGCUGGAUUUUCAAAACCAAGUGAAUCCUCGGGUCUUAUUAAAACUCGACCUAAAUUUAGUGUUCCCUCACCACCACAAAAUCUUCACAUCACCAAAGUUGGUAAAUCAUAUGUUGACCUGGCCUGGAAUAAACCUAAAUCUGAUGGUGGAUCAAAGAUUAGCGCUUACGUUGUCGAAAGACGGGAAAAAGGAUCAACCUAUUGGAUUAAGGUCAACGAGUAUGGUUGCCUUGAUUGUCAGUAUACAGUUUUAAAUUUGAUUGAAAACAAUGAAUAUGAAUUCCAAGUGUCCGCUGUGAACGCGGCUGGUAAAAGUGAACCAUGUGCUCUUGCACAGCCCGUUAAGGUUACCGAUAUUGCAGACGGUGUUAAACCUGAAUUUGUUCGUAAAUUGUUCAAUAAAAACGCCAAUCUCAAGGGUACUUUACGAUUUGAAUGUGAGGCUAUGGGUAAACCCGUUCCAAAGGCUCGUUGGCUUAAAAACGGAGUUGAGGUCUUACUUGGAACACGAAUUCGUGCUCUUGACGAUGGCGAAGGUGUUUACCGAUUGGUGUUUGAUGAAGUUCUCGAAGUAGACGAAGGCACUUAUACUUGCGAGGUGACAAAUCCCCUUGGUUCAGAUCGUUGUUCAGCUUUACUUAAGAUCGCGUCCCCACCCUCGAUCCUGAGAUGUCCAGAGGAAGUUUUCUUCCCCGAACAUGAUAACGGUAAAGUUAAAAUUUACUUCAGUGGGUCAAGUCCAUUUGAGGUUACUCUUUAUAAGGAUGGACUUGAAAUAUCAGAAAGUGAUCAUCUUAAGGUCACUUUGUUUGACGAUUAUGCGAUCAUUUUUGUCCGUGAUGUGGCCAAAGGUGAUCAAGGUAAAUACAAGUUGGUUGUUAAAAAUGAUUCUGGUUCAGCUGAUGCCAAUUUCAUUUUAAUGGUCACUGGUUUACCUGGUCCACCUGUUGGUCCAUUGGGAGUUGCCGAUGUUACCGCUCAUUCGGCCGCUCUUUCCUGGCGACCACCGACUCACAAUGGUGGUUGUAAGGUGACACAUUACGUUAUUGAACGAAAGGAAACUUCAAUGGGACAAUGGGUCACAGUUGCAUCCAUGUGUCGGGAUACAUCAACCGUCGUCCAGGGAUUGACACAAAAUGGGGAAUAUUUAUUCCGUGUAAUGGCCGUUAAUGAGAAUGGUCAAAGUAUUCCAUUGGUCGGUGAUAAACCGAUCAUUGCCAAAUUACCCUUUGAUCCACCUUCGGCACCAGGAAUACCAAAUGUUACCGAGGUUGGUGGUGAUUUUGUUAAUCUCUCAUGGGCCAAACCAGAAUCAGACGGAGGGUCAAGAAUUCUUGGUUAUCUCAUCGAGAAACGGGAAGUUGGUACUCAAGGUUGGCAACCAGUCAACUCGAUGUCUCUUUGUCAUCCAACUCAAAUAAACAUUAGUAAUCUGAUAGAAGAUCGUCAAUAUGAGUUCCGUGUAUUUGCCGUUAAUGAGGCCGGAAAUUCACCUCCAUCUCAAGCAUCCGGGUCGGUUAAGAUUAAAGAUCCCCAAGCAGCGGUUCCACCCGAAUUCGUAACGCCCUUAAAAAAUGUUAUGGUUAUUGAAAAUAAAUCGGCUCAAUUUACUUGUACAAUAACGGGAACGCCAACACCUCAUGUGACCUGGUACAAGGGAGCUCGAGAAAUUCACGAUGGUGGCAAAUAUGCCAUCUUAAAAGACGGAGACAAUUACAUUCUGGGAAUAUCUAAUGUGUAUGGUGAGGAUGCCGACGAGUACACUUGUCGAGCGACCAACAAAGGUGGUGUUCGAACCUCAAGAGGUGAACUGAUCAUUAAAACAGCACCUAAAAUCCAUGUACCACCUCGUUUCAAGGAAAUGGCCUGUUUUGAUCGCGGAGAAAAUGUGAUCAUUAAAAUUCCUUUCACUGGUUUUCCUAAGCCAAAGAUCAAGUGGUUUAAAGAAGGUGAGGAAAUCGAAUCGGGUGCUCAUUUUGAUGUACAAAUUAAGGAAAGACACGCGAUCCUUGUGAUUCGCGAUGCAUCACGGGAAGACAAUGGACUUUACUCGAUUAAAGCAGAAAAUGAACUUGGUUCUGAUUCAGCGGUAAUCAAAGUAUCGAUUUCUGAUCGACCUGAUCCGCCAAGAUUCCCGACAGUUGAGACAGUGGGCGAUGAAUUUAUCACCAUGUCAUGGAAACCACCGGCUUGGGAUGGUGGCAGUUCGAUAACAACUUAUAUGAUCGAGAAGAAAGAACCAACAAUGUCAACUUGGGUUCGUUGUGCCAAUACCCGAUUUACCCUUCACCAGGUCACCGGGUUAAAUCCUGAAAAAGAAUAUGAAUUCCGUGUGUACGCUGAAAACAUUUACGGACGAAGUGAACCUUCCGAUGUGACCUCAGUGAUUCGUACACGACCAAGCGAAAAGGAUAAAUUAAAGAAACGCCAUUGGUUAACCGAUGCUCAUGGACGAAAGGUUCGAGGUAAAGAUGAAGGUAAAAUAACCAAUUACGAUCAAUUUGUAACGGAAGAGAUCAAAUUCCAAGGUCCAGUUGAUAUUAAGACUUCGUCUAUUUACGAUUUCUAUGAUGUCUUGGAGGAAAUUGGUACCGGUGCAUUUGGAGUUGUCCAUAGGUGCCGAGAGAAACGAUCAGGUCAAAUAUUUGCCGCUAAAUUCAUUCCAGUGGCUCAUCCUUACGAGAAAUCAGUUAUUCGUAAAGAAAUUGAUAUAAUGAAUCAACUUCAUCACAAUAAGUUGAUCCGUUUACACGAUGCCUUCGAAGAUGAUGAUGAAAUGAUCUUAAUUUACGAGUUCAUGUCAGGGGGUGAACUUUUCGAGCGCAUUACAACGGAAGGUUAUCACAUGUCGGAAGCAGAGGUUAUCAAUUAUAUGAGACAAAUUUGCGAGGGUGUAAAGCAUAUGCACGAGAAAAACAUUAUCCAUCUCGACUUGAAACCAGAAAAUAUAAUGUGCCAGACCAAAAAUUCAUCGGCCGUUAAAAUCAUCGACUUUGGUUUGGCCGCUAAACUUGAUCCAAACGAAGUAAUCAAAAUAUCAACUGGAACCGCUGAAUUUGCUGCACCAGAGAUCGUUGAACGGGAACCAGUUGGAUUUUACACCGACAUGUGGGCUGUUGGCGUUUUGGCUUAUGUUCUACUUUCGGGUUUAUCACCUUUCGCUGGUGACAAUGACAUUGAGACACUGAAAAAUGUGAAAGCCUGUGAUUGGGAUUUCGAUGAAGACGCUUUUAGAAACAUCUCAUCAGAGGCUAAAGAUUUUAUUCGUAAAUUAUUAACUCGACACAAGGAGAAACGUUUAACUGCCCAUGAGUGUUUAGAACACGCUUGGCUUAAAGGAACCACCGGUGGAACGACACCCAUACCAAAUAGAAAAUAUGUUCCAAUUCGUGAUCGAAUUCGUGCCAAAUAUGGUGACUAUUGGUGGUCAGUUCUUUUACCAAUUGGUCAUAUUUCAAAUUAUUCGUCACUUCGUAAAUUACACGAAGAAAGAUACAAAAUCCAUGAGACUUACAUCGAUCGUCGUGAAGCUGCCCCUCGAUUUGUUAUCCGUCCACAGUCAACCUUUGCCUAUGAAGGUCAAGCGGCCAAAUUUUUCUGUCGGGUCAUCGCUGCAGCACCAGUUACACUCGCCUGGUAUCAUGAUAACUCUGAACUGAAGCAAAGUGUUAAAUACAUGAAGAGAUACGAAGGUCACGAUUUUACAUUCAUCAUUAAUCGUUGUAAACUUGACGAUCGAGGUGAAUACAUUAUUCGUGCUGAAAAUACUUAUGGUUGGAGAGAAGAGCCCGUUUUCUUAAACGUCCAAUCUAAACCCCUGGAUAUACCCCAGGUUCGCCUAGAUGAGCCCAAAGUACGUCGUCGAGAUCCACCUCCUCCAUUGUGGCUCGAUGAACCUGAUUGUGGGCCAGUUUUCACAUUCCAUUUGAGACCUCGAGUGAUUCAAAGUGGCAUUGGAGUGAAACUAUUGGCCUGUUUACAGGGUAAACCACCACCAGAGAUCCGAUGGUUUAAAGAUGGCAAAGAAUUGUCCAAAUAUGAUUACACAAUGACCCAUGCAGCGGGUGUUAUUACCUGUGACAUUCAAUCAUGUACCUUAGAAGAUGCCGGUAAAUAUACGGUAACGGCAACUAAUUCGCUUGGUGAAGCCGAAAGCUCUUGCCAGGUAAUCGUUGAAAAACGUAAAGUAGGCCCACCGCCUGGGGCACCGGUUGUUUCUGGCCCUAAACCGACAGCAGCUCAUAAAGCACCUUCCAUAGCUUCACCGAUGGGCUCGUUUAUCAAUGAUUUACCUGUUCCCCACUCCGCCACCUCCACAUCUUCAUCAACCGGUUAUCAUCAUCAUCACACUUCCUCCUCGGGCUAUAAAAAGGAUUACACUUCCUCAGCCAAUUAUUCAACCGUGAAAAAAGCCGGAUCAACAUAUUCAAGUUCAUCAUCAACAACUAGUGAUAAUCAAUAUUCAAAUAAGUUUACAAAGGUAACCACAUCCUCAUCAACAACUGCUCAUCGAGAUUAUUUAUCAUCUUCAAGCCACAAAUCAGAUUUUAAAUCGACAUCGUCCUCAUCUCAUCAGAAACAUAAAAGUGAUUAUAAAUCAACAUCGUCAGAUUUUAAGACAAGAUUGUCACCAGCAAGUUCAUUAGGCAGUGGUGGUGGUGGUAGUGGUGUUGGAGGUCACUCUGCACCCUCGCCCAUCAGAAGUGUCACUCCACUCUCUGCAGCGAGUCCUGAUAUGACACUUAAAAAGCCCGUAGCAAAACGUUACGGUGAAAGUGAAUCAGGUGAUAUCAGUCCUUCCAGAACUCGAACCAAAGAUUUAGCAUUACCCGAAGAUGCUGAAAGUAUACCAGAAUUUAUGGAGAAACUAUCAGACCUGGAGAUUAAAGAUGGAGACUCAUUACUAUUGAAAUGUAGCAUUAAGGGUGUCCCAGAACCUCAGGUAGAAUGGAGUAAAAAUGAUGAGAUAUUAAGAUCGUCCGAUAUUAUUGAUCUUAAAUAUAAAAACGGAGUCGCUUCAUUGGCCAUUGGUGAGGUUUUCCCUGAAGAUGAAGGUGAAUAUGUUUGUAAAGCAACAAAUUCACAAGGAACAGUAACAACUAAAUGCAAAUUAACUGUUAUCCCUAUGCCAAAUCCAACGCCUGGGGCUAAACAAGGUUCUGCUAAGGGUUCACCAAGAAUCAUUUCUCAUCUGAAAAGUAUGAUCACCAAAGAUGGAGAUAAAGAUGUUACCCUUAAAUUUACAGUUAAAGGCUCAACUAAAUUUGAAGUAAUUUGGCUUCACAACGACAAGGAAAUUAAACCAAGCAAAGAUUUCCAAUAUAAGAAUGAUGGAGAUGAUUAUUAUUUAAUUGUGACUGAAAUUUAUCCGGAAGAUGCCGGAACUUAUACCUGCGAGGCAUUCAAUGAAUCUGGCGAAGCCUUUUCAAGUUGCACUCUCCAAGUUAUCGUUCCUGAAGAGGAAAUCAAAGGUCCAGAAAUUGUUACCUUUCCACAAUCGGUAACCGUUCAAUUAGGUAAAUCUGCAAAUUUCACCGUCGAAACUAAAAAGGCCGUUACAUCAGCUCAAUGGUUCCAGGAUGGUAAAAUAAUCUCCGAGACAAGUAGUCAUCAUAAAAUGACCAAAGAAAGUCCGAAAAAGUAUUCACUGGCACUUCCAGCAACCCUACUUACGGACAUUGGACAGUUUUCGGUCAAAUUAACGGACCCCACCGGGGAAACGAAUGCAACUGUCGCUUUAAAUGUUGUCACUGACGAUGAAUAAUUUGAUCUCUUUCUAAUCCCUUCCCUUAAUUGUUAAUUUGUGUGUUAAUCAUUGAUUAUCUUAAUCUUUAACUUUCUCUCUCUCCCUCUCUCCCUAUUUCGCAAAUUAUUUCAUCAUCCACAAUUUCACAUCCAUUCAUAAUCUCAUGUCAUCAUCACAAUCAUUUGUUAGAUUGAAGAAACAACAACAAAGACAAUCAUCUCAAUCAAGCUCAAUCAUUGAAUUGUGAAAUCAUUGGAGUCUAAUUAUGCUUAAAAAAGUUAAUGUUUUUUCAUCCUUAAGGAUAAUUUACCGAUAGUUAAGCAUAGACCAAUAUAAUUGUCAUUAUUAUCUAAAUUGUAAACAAAAGUUAAUGACUUCAUUAAUUCAAUUAUGUUAAUGGCUCAACUAAACUUGAUUAAUAUCCUUCAAUUUUCAAUAAAUAUCACAUUUUCAUUUGGCAAAUAAACAA